AUGUGGGCCAAACUCAAAAGUAGAACAAACACAUAUGGCCUUUCAGGCAAACUACUUCGUAUUGCCAUCACCGCUACUGCCGUCUCGGGGUUCUCUCUUUUUGGGUACGACCAAGGUUUGAUGUCGGGUUUGAUUUCGGCUGACAAAUUCAACGAGGAGUUUCCGGCUACACGGGAUAACGGUACCAUUCAAGGUGCAGUCACUGCAUCGUACGAAUUGGGUUGUUUCUUUGGUGCAUUAUUUGCAUUAAUGAAAGGUGAAAGAACUGGAAGAAGACCUUUGGUCUUUGUUGGGUCAAUUCUCAUCAUUGUUGGUGCCAUUAUUUCAACAACACCAGUCAGACCACACUGGCCAUUGGGUCAUUUUGUUGUUGGAAGAGUCAUUACUGGAUUGGGUAACGGGUUGAACACAGCAACAAUCCCAGUUUGGCAAUCUGAAAUGUCGAGGGCCGAAAACAGAGGAUUUUUAGUCAAUAUGGAAGGUGCAUUCAUUGCAGUAGGUACAUUUGUCGCCUACUGGGUUGACUUUGGAUUCUCAUAUGCUGAUUCUUCUAUAUUGUGGAGAUUCCCCGUUGCAUUCCAAGUCGUGUUUGCCCUCUUUGUAUUCGUUGGUAUAAUAGGUUUACCAGAGUCACCACGGUGGUUAAUCAAAAAUCAUCACGAGGAAGAUGCCAAAGUAGUCUUGGCAGCAUUGAGAGGCGUUGAAGUGGCAGACGAUACAGUAACCGCCGAAUUUGUAUUCAUCAGCGACUCUGUGAGAAGAUCAGCAAAACUCACGAAAGGUGGCAUUUCCCAAGUCUUCACUGGUGGAAAAACAGCACAUUGGCAAAGAAUGGUGAUUGGUGCCAGCACACAGUUUUUCCAACAACUCACUGGAUGUAAUGCUGCUAUUUACUACUCGACCUUGUUGUUUUAUCAAACCAUCUUUAAUCAUUCACAAUACAGGUUAUCCAUGAUCUUGGGUGGUGUGUUUGCAACCAUUUACGCAUUAGCAACCAUUCCAUCAUUCUUUUUGAUUGAUACCUUGGGUAGAAGAAAAUUGUUUCUCAUUGGUGCUACUGGACAAGGAGUUGCAUUUACCAUUUCGUUUGCAUGCUUGAUUGAUGACACUGAACAAAAUGCCAAGGGUGCUGCUGUGGGAAUCUUUUUGUUUAUCGUUUUCUUUGCCUUUACAAUCUUGCCAUUGCCAUGGAUCUACCCACCAGAAAUAAACCCUUUGAAAACGAGAACUUAUGCCACCGCAAUUUCAACAUGUACCAAUUGGUUGAUGAACUUUGCUGUCGUGAUGUUUGUUCCAAGAUUCCUUGAAGCUUCAAACUGGGGUUGUUACUUGUUUUUCGCAGUGGUGAAUUUUUGCUUUGUCCCCGUUAUAUUUUUCUUUUACCCAGAAACCGCUGGAAGAUCAUUGGAAGAGAUUGAUGUCAUCUUUGCCAAGGCCCAUGUAGAAAAAAGACAACCAUGGAGAGUUGCUGCCACUUUGCCCAAAUUGAGUCACGACGAAGUAGACCAGUAUGGUAGAGAUUUGGGAUUGUAUGGCGAGGGUGAUGAACAAGAUUUUGAAAAACAAGAGCUUGAAGUAGAAGACAAUAGCGAGAAAAGUAUGCAAGAAAAUCAAACAAGAUAG